CCGUUUAAUGAAGCAGCUGAGAGGCAUGAGUGUGGUGUUAGUGCUACUUCCUACGGUGCUGUCUGGUAUGCUCACGGAGGCUCAGCGCACUUGCCCCAGGAACUGCAGAUGUGAUGGGUACUGUGAAUCUCACGCAUUCAGAGAUACCCCUUGGAAUAUUUCUGGAGGAUCCCAAGGCUUAUUGCUGCACUACAACAGCAUCCAGAAGCUUAAAUCAAAUCAGUUUUGGGGCCUGAAUCAGCUCAUCUGGCUUUAUCUUGGCCAUAAUUACAUCAGCUCUGUGGAGGAGGAUGUGUUUCAGGGGAUCCGAAGGCUGAAGGAACUAAUUCUAAGCUCCAACAAAAUUACUCAUCUGCACAACAAAACAUUUCACCUGGGCCCCAAUCUCUGCAACCUGGACCUUUCUUACAAUGAGCUGCAGAUGUUACAGUCAGAGCAAUUUAAGGGCCUUCGCAAACUCUUCUUCUUGCACUUGAGGUCCAACUCGCUGAAAACGGGACCAGUCCGAGUUUUUCAAGAUUGCCGGAACCUUGAUUUUCUGGAUUUGGGCUACAACCAUGUGCGAAGUCUGUCCCGCAAUGCUUUUGCUGGCCUCCUGCAGUUAACAGAGCUCCAUCUAGAGCACAACCAGUUUUCUAAGAUCAGCUUGGCCUACUUUCCAUGCCUCUUCAACCUUCGAUCCAUUUAUUUGCAGUGGAAUGGGAUCCGGUCUGUUAGCCCAGGGUCGUGGACUUGGAGCUCCUUGCACAACUUGGAUUUAUAGGGGAACAACAUGACAGGAAUAGAGCCCGGGAUGUUCCGACACCUGCCCAACCUGCACAAGCUGAACCUGGAUGCCAACAAACUCACCACCGUCUCUCAGGAGACCAUCGAUACAUGGCUUUCACUAAUACAAAUCUCUCUGUCCAGAAAUCUGUGGGAAUGUACUCAAACCAUUUCUCUGUUUACUUGGCUUAAGGAUUUCAAGGGGAAUAAAGAAAGCACUAUGAUAUGUGCGGGCCCUAAGCACAUGCAGGGUGAGAAGGUGAACGAUGCUGUGGAAACACAUAAUAUCUGCACUGAAAUCCAGGUGGUGGUUACUGAAAGUUCAUACCAGGCACCUAAAAUGCCCCAGAGGCCACUUUUUAUUCCCAGACCUACCCUUCCUAAACUGGAAAGUAAUUGGCCAACCUCUAUUAUGCCAAGUCCUUCUCCGGACCUGCUGACACCUGGAGUGGAACCGGAGUACGAGCGUGUUUCCUUUCACAAAAUCAUUGCUGGGAGCGUGGCCCUCUUUCUUUCAGUGGCUAUGAUUUUGUUGGUUAUCUAUGUGUCGUGGAAGUGCUAUUCAGCCAGCGUGAAACAACUCCAGCAGCACUCUCUUAUGAAGAGGCGCAGAAAAAAGGCCAGAGAGUCUGAAAGGCAAAUGUACUCCUCUUUACAGGAGUAUUAUGUGGACUACAAGCCAACCAUGGAUGUAUCCGUUAAUGGAUCUGGACCCUGCACGUACAGUAUCUGUGGCUCCAGGGAAUAUGAGGUUCCUCACCACAUGAAGACUUUGCCUUGUUACAACUAUGGCCAACGAGUGAUCAGAUACUGCCAGGCUCAUAAGCCACUCCAUGUAAAUAGGGGAUAUGGCACCAUCUCCCGGGAGCAGGCUGAGACCAGCAAAUUCGAACUCAGUUGAGACCACAACUUCAUAGCUACAAUCGUGCGCUCGGCUGCUCCAGCCAUCUACAGUGAGAGAAGAGCAAACCAAUGAUGGAGACAGCUUCUUGACUCAGUUUCCCCCCCAGCUGCCCUGUGCAUGCGGUUUGUGGUGGUGGGUGGAGGUAGUUCUCCCUGCAAGCUGUGAGCAUGGAAGUUGCUGAAUCCUGUUCCUAAUAAAGUUAUAGUUCUGUUUCCCACCCCACUGGGCUCUGCUGAAUGGUGACUCAAGGACAGGACCCCAGAGGCACAGAGGUCUGAGUGCGUUACCCCAUCCCUGAACCCAAUGACACAGAUUAAACACUAUGUGGUGUCAGAAGUGACCUGUCUCUCGGUGGAGUCACCAGCAGCCUGAUGAAGGGGGUUACAGCUUUCAUUCAAAGAGAAAAAAAAAUGGAGCAUUUCCAACCUCCACCAUCAUUAUCUUUUAUUGGAAAUCUUGGGAUGAACUGGAGGAGAUGGGAACAGAAGCUGCAAUUAUCCCUUGCAGUCACAAAGGCUGAGGAAGAGGCAGAGGAUCAUAAAAUUGUAGUCGUGCUUCACUGCACUGGGGAUAAAGCCCUAGAAAUCUACACCAACAUGCCAGGGGUGUUUGCAGACCCUACUGACAGCACCCUUGCAGAGGUGCGUGCAGCAUUCGAGCACUACUGCAAACCCAGAAAAAAACCCUGUCUUUGAAAGGUCUUGGUUCUGGCAACUUGGAUGCAAUGCAGCCGUAGGCAGAGAUGAUUUUGUUACAGAGCUCGGAAGUGGAGCACAGCAUUGUGAAUGUGGACUUGCUGAGGAUGUGAUGUUGAGGGACGACGUUGUCUUCAGCAUAACUGCCUGCGGCUCCUUGGAAGGAGAACCACAGGCAAAAAGCGGGGGGUAGCAUUGGGGAGGGAGGGGGUCGGCCAUGGUUUCUUUGUUAAGUGGUUAUUACUCUUAAGGGCUUUUUUAAUUUUUUUUUUUUCAACAUACAAAGUUGUUUGCUGCUUUUUAAAUUUUUAUUUUCCUUUUUUUGGCUUUUGUUUUUCAAUCGAGCGCUAGUACUUCAUUCUCAUGUUAGAAAUGUGACUGUCAUUUCUAAUCUCACUCGUGUGAAAAACGAUGUCACUUCUAACAUGCCUAAUUUCGUGAUGUCAUUUGUAAUCUCAUGUUAGACGUGUUGCGUGGGAGACUUGUGUUCUCUUUUCUUGCUGCAGGGCUUUGGCAGAACCGUGUUAUUUCAGUGUCCCCUAUUAUCUUUUGUCUGUUCUUCUUAUUUAAUCUGCACGCUCUUCAGGGCAGGGAGGGCCUCUGGCUCUGUGUACAGUGCCUAGCACAAUGGGCUGCUGAUCUCAAUGAGAGCUUCUGGCGAGGACUGGGACAUAACCCAAGCAUAAAUAAUAAUGAUACAAAAAUAGAUUUUUAAAACAUGA